GUUCUUUUGAUUAGUCUCUAGGAACGAACGAACGACAAAAUCAAAAACAGCUGUAGAUAGAAAUAAAUCACAUCUCUGGAGACUGAUCUAUCACAAACUACAGACCCACCAUAUGAUUUUCCAGUCAGCUGCUUCAGUUCCACGACUACUCCAAAAUCCACUUUAGAUUUGAAGGUAAACCCUCUGGGUCUCUGAUUUUCACAGUUCAUCUCUUUACAGAUAGAUAGUUAUGCACCACACUUAUAUCAGCUCAACUGUAUAUGGUCUUAGAAGUAAAGGGUCUCUUUCAUUUUCCUUCAAUGACUACUCCCACUUACUUAAUGAAAGAUUUGAUAGAAACCCAAUUCAGAAUGCAUCAUCAUGUUCCCGAUAUUGUUCAUGCUGUGCAUUUUCUACCCAGAAAGUUCCCACAAAUCCUAGCUGUUUAUAUGGGUUGAGGCAAUCCUCGCUACUCCAACGGUCAGCUUAUAGGAAGUUGAUCUUGGGUGGUGGAGACCGUUACUGUUGCUAUUAUCCUCUUUAUAAUCUUGAUCGGGGGUGUUAUGUCAGCUCUUGCUCUGUCAAGGCGAGGAGUGUUUAUGAUAACACCGGUAGGAGAAGUUGGGGAAGAUGUUGUAGCAUUGUAGAGAAUGGAGACGAUGGGGCUUAUGAUUCGAGCUGUCUCGAUGAGGCCGAGGCAUUGCUCAGCUUGUUAUGUGAGGAAGUGGAUGAGGAUUAUGUUGGUGGUAGGAGGAGAAAUUGGAGUUCUUACAAGAGGGUUGAAGUUAAGGGUAAAGGUUUUAGUGGUAGAGAGAGUAAUUUAAGAUCAUCUGACAUGUUACAACUGAAAAAGAAAGGGAAUGAUGGUAGCAUUUGUAGCUGUGGGAAGAAGAAAAAUGGUGGGCAGAGAUCGCUAGAAGGUAAUGAGAAUCGUGGACGUGAAUCAGUCACAAUUGAGUCGCGGGAAGAAGAGUUGAGGAGAAAGAAAGAAAGUGGAGCUACUUUGAGAGGUGACAAUAAUAGGUUAAGAAAAGAAGGUUCUAGUUGUUCAUCUUAUUACUCAUUUUCAUCUUCAGGGGAUUUUGAUGAUGAGACAGAAGUUCAUGAUAAGCAUACUCUAUUAGCAGAGGAUUCUUUAUCCGGGAAUGAGGACUCGGAACUGAAAGGUGAUGGUAGAUUCGAUGGCCAGAUGGAGGAGAAAUAUAGGAGGCGUGUAGACGACAUAGAGGUGCAUGGAGAAGUAUCAAAACGGAAAAAUUCAUCAGUCUCAGGUGGUGUUGACUGGGAUUGGAGGAAGAAGUUGGAGAAGCCUAGUGGUAGAUUGGGUCAAGACAAACAACAUGGUGGGGAAUCCUCACAAAGGCAUAGAAGAUUGGGGAUCCAUGAAGGUCAUCGCGAAGAGACCUCUAGUUCCUACAAGCAAUUCAAUGUUGAGGAGACUUCAACUUUGGCAGUGAAUUUGGACAGGGAUUCUCGAAAACAAUAUGCUGAAGGUGGGAACCAAGCUGUUGAAGUGUCUACAUCUAGAAGGAAAUUUCCAGAGAAGAACGAAAUUUCAGAAAUCUACAGGGAUGAAGUCAAAACAACUUCACAGUCUCGCAGGAGACUAAAUAGCAUGGAAGAAAAUGUAGAUAUAGAUGUGAAUUUGGUAGGGGAAGCUCAAGAUGAACGGCAGAAAACAAUUGUCCGCCCAUCUGAAAAAGAUGAUAUGAAUAGGAAAACUCAGCAAUUUGGUAAAAGUUUAGACAUUCGAGAUUUUGAUUCUGAAAUGACCUCUAUUCAGCAGAACCGUUCUGAAAUUUGCAUAGGUGUUGAAGAAAAUAGAACAAAUGUUUUAAGUUCACUUCAAGCGAGAGAACAACCAUACCAUCAACCAAGUCAACAAUCCUUUCAACAAGCUAAUGGAAGAGGAAAAUCUCAACAAGCCAUUAAAAUAUCAGAAGUUUAUGAUAGUAAUAUCGAGAAAACUUCUGUUAUGCAGUCUGAAACUAGUAUUUCAAAUCAGGUGCAAAACAUAAACUUCAUUUCCAGUUCACAUCCAGGAUCUAUAGAGCGGUAUCCAGGUCAAAAACAUCCUCAACGAGUUCAAUCAGAAAGAGGAUCUUAUGAUUCAAAUGACAUACCUAUGGCUCAUGCUGGUAAAGCAGAGAGAGUCAUUGAUUCUCGCAGAACUUUUGAAAGGAAAGCUCAUCAAGAAAGUAAUACAAUAUCAUUGGUUGGUAAAACAAGAGAAGGAAACAAUCAAACUAAUGAAAAGCUCCAGCACACCAAACCAAGAUUGGAGUUGGAAGAGGCUUCGACGUCUCAAGAAUUGUUUAAUUUGGAUACCCUAGCUAGAGUGCGGAAGGAUGAUGCAGAAGAGGGGGUUCAGAGAAGCUCACAGACAUUGUUAAUGCCUCCCCCAUCUCAGAUGCUAUCUAGAAGUUCGCAGCAUGUUGAGCUGGCAAGUGAAGUUAACAGGCAAAAGUUUUCCAGCACUACUUCAGAAAGUGGCCCUAGUGUGUUACAUGCUGAUUCCAGAAAACAACCUUUAGCUUUACACCAUGAAUCAUAUGAAAGAAACAGAAGGACCGAGAGUCAUGGGGAGCCUUUAUUUCUCGUCACCCCCGAAGAUUCUCUUGGUUCAGCUGAUCGUUUACAGCAAUCCUCCACUCACUUUGUCGGAGAGUUUGUUGAGCAAGUGAGGCAAGAAGUCUCAGCUUCUGGAACCCAGAAUGCGAGGGAUGAUUCUGAAACAAGAUUUGCCUCCGAAGAUGAUAAUAAAAGUCAAAAGAGCUUGACUCAUUAUAGCUCUCAAGAUUUCCAGCUGAAGGAGCAUGAAACUGGUAGUUCAGGAGCCAAGGGCCCAUCAGAUGAGAUGUGGGAUGUUACAGACCCAUCUUUUGUCAAGAAUCCAAAGAAGGAAGAAGGAGAGACAAGUGCAACUACUGAAAAUGUUAAUGUAAAAAGAAGUGGCAGGUCCUUGUGGAAUGUUAUAGGAGAUAUAGUUUUACUGAGAUGGGGUUCACGUCCUGAAACCCCUAGUUCUACUGUAAGGCCACGUUGUAAGACUUCAUCAAAUGAGUCUGCCGGUAGUGAAUCAUAUUUUUCUACCCAUGAACCUGAACAGAGUAAAGAUAAGCAUGAAAGGGACAAAGGCCUGCAACCAGAAAUGAAAACUGAUCAGCUUCAAAUAAUUAGAUUGUCUAGUCCAGGUCAAGAAAAUGAAUCGGACAUGUUGGGAUUGGCUGAUCAGAUAAGAGUUAAUGAAGUAGCACCAUCAUCAUCUUCACCAAUAAUGAUUGAAAGUGGGUCAACAUCAAAAGUUUCCUUAUCCGGAGAUGAAAAUCUAGGUUGGAAUGAAGAUGAUAAGAGUUUUCAAGUUUCCCCUCCUGGGAUGGAAAUAGUGGAAUCUUCCUCGCAACCAGCUGCUAGAGGUGAAAGUUCCAAAAGCGGUUUGGGGGAGCAGAUGGAGCAGCAUGAGCUAGUUAAGUUGGCUGAAAUAUCAGGAGUCGAGGGAAAUGGUGGAGAGUUGAAAAGAAGAAAGCUGCAGCGGAAUAAACAAGUACCAAAGGAUAGAUUUGACGAAUGGGAAGAAGCAUUUAUACUUGAAAGUGAUCAGCGAAAAAUUGAUGAAACAUUUAUGAGAGAAGCGCUUUUAGAAGCUAAGAAGGCUGCUGAUACAUGGGAGGUGCCUGUUGGUGCUGUACUGGUGCACGAUGGGAGGAUUAUUGCUCGUGGUCACAACUUAGUGGAAGAGUUACGGGACUCCACUGCCCAUGCUGAAAUGAUUUGCAUACGGGAUGCUUCAAACCAACUUCGAUCAUGGCGGCUUGCAGGCACUACCCUGUACGUAACACUUGAACCAUGUCCCAUGUGCGCUGGAGCAAUACUUCAAGCAAGAAUUAACACUCUUGUAUGGGGAGCUCCAAAUAAGCUUCUUGGUGCUGAUGGUAGCUGGAUAAGGCUUUUCCCUGGUGGUGAUGGAGAAAACAACUUGGGAGCAUCAGAUAAGGCAACUCCUCCUGUUCACCCAUUUCACCCAAAUAUGAAUAUCCGACGGGGUAUACUGGCAUCUGAGUGUGCAGAUGCUAUGCAGCAAUUCUUUCAGUUAAGGCGGAAAAAGAAGGAAAAGGAAGAGGAGGAAACUCCACCAACUUCUCGGCUUUCUAGCUCCCAUCCAUCAAAGCUACUUAAGAAGAUGCAUGAAGUCUUCCACAUGACGUUCUGUUUGUGAGAAUGAAAGAACAAGGCCUCCAUUUCUUCUAGCUUCAAGUUCGAUGUUCGGUAGUUACCUUGCCCCUUUUAUCGAACUGAGUUAUAUCUUUGAGGGUUCAAGUUUUGUUGACUAAUAAAUGCUGUCUUCUUGCAUGGUCAAAUAAUAUGUUGGUGAGUUAUUGAGAUCAAAUAUUUGAACAUGGUGACAAUUUGGCAUAAGCACUUCCACGUUCUAUAUAUUUCCAUGUCACUUCUUUUCUCUUUCUGCAUGGAGUAUAUCUCUGUCACUAGAUUGCGUGGAUGAAUCUCAGUACUUUCUCCACCAUUUGACCAUGGGAGUCUGGGAACAUCAUUGGAAUAAGCGGGAGAAAAGGCUGGGCCUGGGAGAGAACAACAUCACUUUGUCGACGGAUUGCAUAGAUGUAACACUGAGCAGAGAUUUUGGUCUCUGAUCUUAACAAUUCUGUUUGCUCAUAAUGGUCUACUCUAGGCCAAUCUCAAGAGCCAUCUGAGCAUAUUGUAGUGAAGUGGCUGUGGUAAGUCAUUUUUCACCUCUCUUUUAUGAAUUUUCAUCAUUCUGUAAGGUGUGCCCAACAAAGGGCUGACGGUCUUUUGGAGAGAACAAGGUUUAUUUUCACAGUAAUUUAUUUUGGAGAGAACAAAGGGCAGGGGAAUGUGUAGUUUCUUUCCUAAAUCUCACUUGUAUGGAACUUAAAGCAUUAGUAAUUUCUUAGGUAGAUUGCUAGCCUACCAAUCCUUUCACUUUGGCCUUGGUUAAAUGUACAUCAGUCACUUAUUUAGCGACUUUUUCACUUAGUGCCA